GAGAUCACCAACGUAACUUACAGAUGCAUGGAGUUGAACCUCUCUGGAGUUCCCGCUGAAAUCCCACCUUCCACCCAGAACUUGGAUCUGAGUUUCAACCCACUGGAGUCACUGACCUCAAAUUAUUUCUCAGCAGUCCCUGCACUGAGGUUUCUGGACCUCACUAGGUGUCGCAUCCAGACAAUUGAAGACUAUGCUUUUGAGGAUCUUCAUAACUUGCUCACCUUGAUUCUGACUGCAAAUCCCCUCUGGCAUCUGGGUCCAAAAGCCUUCUAUAGUUUGACAUCCCUGCAAAAGCUGGUAGCUGUGGAAGACAGCAUAUCCUCACUAGCUGACCUGCCCAUUGGACACUUACAUACUCUGCAGGAACUGAAUGUGGCCAAGAACAAUGUCGACUCUUUGAAGCUCCCCAAAUAUUUCUCCAACUUGACUUUUCUCCGAUUCCUGAGCCUUCAAUCGAAUAAGAUCUCAUCUAUCUCCACAGGAGACCUGGAUGUUUUGCAAGGAGAGAAGGGCCUCAACCUAACAUUAGUGCUUUCUAUCAAUGAUAUAAAAUACAUUCAGCUAGGCUCCUUUGAGGGGAUUCAUCUUCAUGAGCUGUCUCUGAGGGCUUGUUUUGAGAACACCAGUGUUAUGAAGGCUGGCAUCCAAGGCCUUGCUGGCUUACAGGUCAACAGACUAGUUCUUGGAGAGUUCAGGAACAUUCGGAGAGUGGGGGACUUUAGUAAUGGGCUCCUGGAUGGACUGUGUCAGGUGCAGCUUCAGGAGUUUGUGUUCAUUUGCUUCGAGAGGUUUUAUAAUUGCACAGACACUCUCUUUGACUGCCUGGUCAACACCUCCAUUAUUCGGAUGGUGGAUAUCUACCUCAACCAGGUGUCAGCGGUCCCUACUGCCUCCAGACUACACCAGCUGGAAUGCAAGACCUGCAAGUUUAGUGAGGUGCCUGCCCUGAAGCUGUCCUCCUUCAAAGAGCUCAGAGUGCUUCGGAUCACCAAAAGCAAAUACCUCACUGGCUUCCUGCAGACAUUUGUGGAUCUGCCUAACCUGGAGGUCCUGGAUCUGAGUGAGAACCGGCUCAGCUUCAUUCAAUGCUGUGCCUUUUACCUGUCUGGGACCCCAAAGUUGAAGCACUUGAACCUGAGCUUCAACUCCAAAAUCAGCGUGUCUGGAAGCUGGAGUGUCAAUGAGCUGGUGUCUCUGGACUUUCAGCACUCGAAGUUGAAUGGUCCUGGCUCCUUUCCUGUCUUCCUCUCCCUUGGGAAACUCAUCUACCUUGAUAUUUCCUACACCAACACUCACGUUGAGUCCCAGUGUGCGUUCUGUGGCUUAGAGUCCCUGCAAGUGCUCAAGAUGGCCGGCAACUCCUUUAAGGGCAACAACCUGGGCGACAGCUUCAUGAAACUGACCCAGCUGCUCACCCUGGAUGUUUCCAGCUGUAAUUUGAUACAGGUGUCUCUGAGCGCAUUUUCUACCCUUGGUAAAUUGCAAAAGCUAAACAUCAGCCACAACAAGCUGCUGACCUUUGACCACCUGGCCUACAAGCCUCUCCAGGCCCUCACUGUCCUGGACUUUAGCAGCAACCAGCUGACUGUCUUGACAGAAAAGGCUCUGGAGAGCCUGCCAAGCAGCUUGGUCCACCUGGACAUCUCUUGCAACCUGUUUGACUGCUCCUGCAGCCACCUGAGUUUCCUGAAGUGGGCCAAGGAGCACGGGGAGCUGCUCUGGAGCACCAAGCUGAUGGUCUGCAACAGCCCCGAGCACCUGAAGAAUGUGAGUGUGCUGAACUUUGACCUCUCCUCCUGCCAACUCAGUCCCAUUCUGAUGGCCAUCUAUGUGGGCCCGGCCCUCGCUGGAGCUCUGUUCUUGUUCCUCAUUUACAAAUACUACUUCAACCUGUACUACGGGCUGGUACUGCUCAGCGGAUGCCGGCGGUAUGCGGACAGGGAUGACACCUACGACGCCUUUGUCAUCCACUCCAGCAAGGACAUUGAGUGGGUGAGAAAGGAGCUGGUCGAGACCUUGGAGGGGGGAGUGCCCCCCUUCCACCUCUGCCUCCACUACCGGGACUUCACGCCGGGGGUGCCCGUUGCCUCCAACAUCAUCCACGAAGGGUUCCUGAGCAGCAGGAAAGUCAUCGCGGUCAUCUCCGACCACUUCAUGGAGAGCAAGUGGUGCAGCUUUGAGCUUGAGAUCGCCCAGUCCUGGCAGUUCGUGGAGGGCAGAGCUGGCAUCAUCCUGAUUGUGCUGGAGGAAGUGAAUAAGGCGCUGCUGAGGCGCAAGCUGGGGCUGUCCCGCUACCUGCAGAGGAACACCUACCUGGAGUGGAAGGACAGGGAAAUAAGCAGGCACCUCUUUUGGAGGCAGCUGAGGACGGCCUUGCUAGCUGGCAAAACAGAACCAGGAAGCGGGGGAAACUAAUGGGAACAAACUAUGAUGGUGCUUCCCUGUUCCUUGCUCUCUCUGCCUGGCCCUGGCUGAAAGCCGGGGUUCAUGAGCUGGGUCUCCAGGAGUUGUUUCCUUUGGAGCUGGAGGAAUUUAAUUCUUCUGAAGUACAAGAGUGGGGACCCAGUGAAACUGUAGGCCAGGGUGGGCAAACUUUUUGGCCCAAGGGCCACAUCUGGGUAUGGAAAUUGUAUGGUGGGCCAUGAAUGCUCACGAA